CUUGGUGGCAAUACAGGUGGCAACGCCAAAGCCAUAUUGUUUAUAUCGCUUGCGAGCUUGACUUUUAAUUAUUUUUAAUAAAGUUUACGGCAAUUGCUAUGCAGAUCACAAUCAAGGUGCUAAAGGGCAAGGACUGCACCAUCGAGGUCGCGCCGACAUCGACGAUUCUGGAGGUGAAACACCAGAUCGAGGCGGAACUGCAGAUAUCGGCGGCAAAUCAAAAGCUACUGCUGUUGGGGCGACCGCUGAACAACGAACAGACAAUUGCGUCCUAUCCCAACAUAAAGGAGGGCACCAAACUCAAUCUGGUGGUGAUAAAGCCCUGCCUGAGGGACAGCAUCCUGCGGGGAUUCCGCAAGCACUAUUCGGAGCUCCUGGCUGAGCGUAUGACCAAUGAGUUUAUGGCCGAUUUCGAGCGGAAAAUCAACGAGCUGAGCCUGGACGACCUGGAGAGACUGUCCGAUAGCAUAAUCAACAGAGCGGGCACAUAGCGCCAUUGAAGAGCCAAGACCCACAAGCAACCACCACCAGCACCCCCUCCAAAAAUAUGAUGGAAGUCUAUCCUCACAGCAUAAUAUUUGUAUUUCCCCCCUCUAACAAAACAAACGAACUAAAAAAUAUGAGGUAGUAAAAAUUAAGACUUGACUGAAAA